GACGCAAUGAAAACAAAAGAUACAGGCCAAACAGGAUGUCAUUGAGAGAACAAAAGACAAAACCUCUUGACGCAGUUUUCGGCGAGUCAGUGGCCGGCGAAGACGCGAGAGGUGAGGAGGUGAACUACGUUUCUGCCUUGGUUAUUUUGAAAAACCAACCAUGACAGGGCAAGGGGCAUGUACAAGCACUUUCCUGGCCCUCUUGGUCCUUGCCAUCCCAGCCUCACCUGCACUCCUGAGCGUGUCAUAUGACGGCACAAAUUUCCACCUCAACGAUGGAAUUACUAAGAAUUGGGUGGCACGAGGGAAUUUCACUGACCAUACAUUUGAAGAUGGAUGGGGAUACCUGGAAGUAGAGACCAACCCAGCAUAUCCUGACACGAUUCAGGCAUACGCAGCUGGCUUUGCUGAAGGUGCUUCUUCGCAGGACAUGAUUUACAAGUCGUACAGGAACACCUUAGAAGGAUUUUGUGAGUGGAAGUCCCAAAAAUUUUGUGACAAUCUAAGGGAAUUUUUGAAGAAGAAUAUGCAGUGGAUGAAGUCAAUGAUUGCACUAAAAAGGCAGUCUUGUCCGGUGUUUUAUAAUAUUGACCUCAUCCUGACCCAAAUGAAUGGGGUUGCAGAUGGUUACAACAAGACAGGAAAAUUUCCCAUUCCAGAUGAGGCUAUUUUGUGGAUGAACCUCUUAGGGGAUAUCGAGGACCUGGAAUCUGCCUUGGAUCCUAGCCUGAGCAACAUGAGCAUUGAAGACUUUGUCAAGUCAGGACGAACCUUAGGCGAUGGACACUGCUCUGCUCUUGUCAAAGUGCUGCCAGGCAACACAGACCUCUAUGUCUCGCACGUCACCUGGAACACGUACCAGUCCAUGCUAAGAGUCCAGAAAAAGUACAUCCUGCCCUUCCGAAGAACAGGAUCAUCUGACCCCAGUGACACUAUCCCCGGCCACACCGUUGCAUUCUCAUCAUACCCGGGAAUCCUGUCGUCUGGAGAUGACUUCUACGUCCUCUCAUCGGGACUUACCAGUCUGGAAACUACCAUUGGAAACGGCAACCCAGCACUGUGGAAGAAUGUCACUGCAACUGGAGAGCUAAUGGAAUGGAUGCGGACAAUUGUUGCCAACCGUUUAGCCACAGAUGGAAAGAGUUGGGCCAAGUUCUUCUCCAUGCAUAAUAGUGGGACUUACAACAACCAGUGGAUGGUGGUUGACUACAAGCUGUUUAAACCAAGGAAACACAUUAAACCUAAUACAUUAUGGGUAUUGGAGCAACUCCCAGGCAUUGUACUGUCGGGUGACCAGUCUCACAUCCUUCGGUCUCAAUCUUACUGGCCAAGUUACAAUGUCCCAUUCUACCCUGAGAUCUUCAACAUGAGUGGAGCUCCUGCUAUGGUUAAACGUUAUGGGGACUGGUUCACUUACGAUAAAACUCCAAGAGCUCUGAUUUUCAAGAGGGACCAUGUGAAAGUAAAAAACAUCCGUUCCAUGAUUAAGCUGAUGCGUUACAAUGACUUUCAGCAUGACCCCCUCUCCCGCUGCAACUGCACUCCUCCAUUCAGUGCUGAAAAUGCCAUUUCUGCCAGAAAUGACCUCAACCCCAAGAAUGGGACAUACCCCUUUGGAGCUCUGGGCCACAGGUCACAUGGGGGCACAGACAUGAAGAUGACCACCUCAAGCAUGGCUAGUGGACUAAAGUUCUUGGCUGUGAAUGGACCCACUUAUGACCAGCAACCAAUUUUCAGAUGGAGCGAGCAGGAUUUUGCAAAGGACACCCCACAUUACGGACACCCUGAUGCAUGGGCUUUCCCUGUUAUUGGACAUAAAUGGGUUUGGUAAUACACUUGGGUGAAAUGCAGCUUCAAAUACUGGCAUCUGAAGCAUGUGUAUAUAUGAAUUAACAUUUUAUAGUAGUGUAUGCAAAGUAUAUGUUGAUGUUAGAUGUGUCCAAGAAUAAAUUCUGUGAUACAAAGGUGUGAUCCUGUACAUUUUGGGGUUAAUAAAGUGAAUCUCUUUA